GAAGAAUAUGAUUGGAAAUGAAAAUGGCGUUUUUAACAUUGUGUUUAACAUUUCUUGUUUCUUUAGUUUAUUGUUGUGAAAAUUAAAAUAAAUACGAAAACAUUUCAAAUUAAGAUCAAGCAGUUAUGAAAAUUGAAUAAAUUAACUGUAAUUUUCUAAGGUAAAUAUGCAGAAACGAAAGAAAACAAUUUCGAAGAGCAAUCAAAGAAAAAGGAAAUAUAGUAGCAGUUCUGAUAGUUCAUCUAGUUCUGACUCGGAAAGUGAUUGUUCGUCUAGUACCAGCAGUUCUUCUAGUUCAUCUGAUUUAUCAGAACCUUGUUCGAGCUCUAGCAGCACCUCUAGUAGUUCUAGUUCGAGUAGUAGUAAUAGUAGCUCAAGUUCAUCAUCGACCGAUGACAAUCGUAGGAGAAUGAAGAAAAAUAGAGCUCUGCUAAAACGAAAAUUAAAAGAGAAACUGAAAGAAAAUGACCACGCAAAAGAAGAAAGAGAAGAAUAAAAAAUAAGUAUUCGAAAA